GCCAUGGACAAGGAAAAACCGAGCCGACAUCGGUGGGUAUGGGAUUUGUUGGGUUUUUGUAUUAUUUUCUUCUCGAGUCAGAUCCCGAUAGCGGAUGGUGCGAUGACGCGCAAACAGCUGAUCAACUCGAUGGAUAUGAUGCGUUCGGCAUGUGCUCCCAAGUUUAAAGUUUCCACCGAAAUGUUGGACAACCUGCGCAACGGAAUAUUUGCCGAAGAUCGCGAACUAAAGUGCUACACGAUGUGUAUCGCACAGAUGGCCGGAACGAUGAAUAAAAAGGGUGAAAUUAAUAUACAGAAAACAAUCGCCCAGCUGGACGCGAUGCUACCGCCGGACAUGAAGGAAAAGGCAAAGGAAGCGGUCCACGCAUGUCGCGAUGCGCAGGCCAAGUACAAAGAUUCUUGCGACAAAACGUUUUACUCGACCAAAUGUCUUGCCGAGUACGAUCGUGAAGUGUUUCUGUUCCCUUAGCGAAAGAACAACAGUAAAACAAUCGUCCGUUGGAUU